AUGUACACAAGUCAUGAAGACAUUGGGUAUGAUUUUGAAGAUGACCCCAAAGAUAAGAAGACACUUAAGCCUCACCCAGACAUCGAUGGCGGAUGGGCCUGGGUGAUUGUCCUUUCUUCCUUCUUUGUGCACAUCCUCAUUAUGGGCUCCCAGAUGGCCCUGGGUGUCCUCAACGUGGAAUGGCUUGAAGAAUUCCACCAGAGCCGCGGCCUCACCGCCUGGGUCAGCUCCCUCAGCAUGGGCAUCACCUUGAUUGUGGGGCCUUUCAUUGGCUUGUUCAUCAACACGUGUGGGUGCCGCUGGACAGCGAUCAUCGGUGGGGUGGUGAACGCCCUCGGCUGGGUGCUAAGCGCCUACGCAGCAAAUGUACGCUAUCUCUUCAUUACCUUCGGAGUGGCAGCCGGCUUUGGGAGCGGGAUGGCCUACCUCCCAGCGGUUGUCAUGGUGAGCAGGUAUUUCCAGAAGCGCCGUGCCCUGGCACAGGGCCUCAGCACCACGGGGACAGGGUUUGGUGCCUUCCUAAUGACCGUUCUACUGAAGUACCUCUGUGUCGAGUAUGGCUGGCGGAACGCGAUGUUCAUCCAAGGUGCCGUGUCCUUAAACCUGUGUGUCUGCGGGGCGCUCAUGAGGCCACUCACUUCUGGAAAAGAGAGAACUUUCCCAGGAGAAAAAGGUCCGCCUGUCCUCCCCACUUGCUCCACCGAGUCUGUGAAGUCAAACAAGCACGUGGGCAGAGUCGAAGAGAAGGACAGAGUGCCAGACAAUGAGGAGACCCUGUGUGACCCACAAGCCCAGGAGUGCCAGGGCCAGGUUCGACAUGGGAUGGACCUGGGGGCUUUUCGGGCCCUCAAGACCAUGAGCCUGCUCACCGUGAGGGUCAAGAAGGGCUUUGGGGACUGGUACUCAGGCUAUUUUGGGACAGCCUCACUUUUCACCAAUCGAAUGUUUGUAGCCUUUAUUUUCUGGGCACUGUUUGCCUACAGCAGCUUCGUUAUCCCUUUCAUCCACCUCCCAGAAAUAGUCAACGUGUAUAACUUGUCGGAGCAGAAUGAUGUCUUCCCUCUGACUUCGAUCAUAGCAAUACUCCACAUCCUCGGGAAGGUGGUCCUGGGGAUCGUGGCCGACCUGCCGUGCAUCAGCGUUUGGAGCGUCUUCCUCAUGGCUAACUGCACGCUCGUCGUCAGCAUUUUCGUCCUGCCGCUGAUGCACACGUACGCCGGCCUGGCGGUCGUGUGCGCCCUGGUUGGGUUUUCCAGUGGUUACUUCUCCCUGAUGCCUGUAGUGACUGAAGACUUGGUCGGGAUCGAACACCUGGCAAACGCAUACGGCAUUAUCAUCUGUGCCAACGGCAUCUCUGCGUUGCUGGGACCACCUUUUGCAGGGUGGAUCUAUGACAUCACACAAAAAUACGACUUUUCCUUCUAUGUGUGUGGUUUGCUUUAUAUGGUAGGCAUACUUUUUCUACUCAUUCAACUGUGCAUCCGGAUUGUAGCACAAUCCAGAAACAAAUACGUGGAUGGCGCCCCUGUAUAG